AUGGGCGCUGUGCGCAAAAGUCCAGAUGCCCCAGUGGCAGAGGACCUGCUUCGUCUAAUGGUGGAGAUGCCCACCUCCACCUUUGACGACGGGGGUAAGGCGGAGCGGGGCCUGUUGUCCGCCAUCACCAGCAUCAGUGCUCUGAAGAACAGCGGCCUGCAUCCCGGCAAGAUUUUCGAGGACUGGCUGAAGAACCUCAUGGAAACAUAUGGAGCUGGCACACUGAGCGAUCUCAAGGCCAAGUGUGACCUCAGCAAGAUAAACUGGCUCAAGGCCGAGGAUGGAAGGCAGCCGAAGGAUGUGGAGGGCUUGGUCUGUUGUGUGGCCUCCGACAUCACCACCUCUACCAAGGCUGUGCUGAGCUGGGAGAGGCCUGUGAACUACGACCAGCCUCCCAUCACACACACGGAGCUUUACAUGGCGAACCCUGAUGGAGAGAACCCGGGGCACUGCGUCCGCGCCAGCAUGGCCGUCCCCUUCUUCUUCCACCCAAAGAAGUUCCCCGCACAGCCGGGGGAGAAGAUUCCAUACGCCGGGCAGCGGGCCGCCAGCCUGCCAAACACAAAGUGGAAGGAGAUUGGGUACGAGGACUACAUCCCAGAGCAGGUCACGCUCGUGGAUGGCGGCUUCCUGUCCAAUCACCCGGUCGACCUGUUCCAUGUCCCACGCGAGAAGGUCGUGUGGUGCCCCACCUUCUGCGUCAACCUGUCCCCACCCCGCACUGCUCGCCGUACUGGGAAUCUCAUCGAGACAACCGCGGCGCUCCUUUCCACCGGCAUCCAGACACGCGACUUUGAGUUUGUCGCCAAGAACAAAGAGUACAAACUUCUCACUGCCAGUGUGCACACUGGUGGAAUUUCGGCCCUCAACUUUGACGUCAGCCCCGUUGGAAAGUUUGUGCUGUUUUACAAUGGGGUGGUGGCGGCCUAUGACUUCCUUGUCGGAGGGGACGGCAGCAAAGGACCGUUCGACUGGGAGGUGAAGGAAGAUCCUGAAUGGGCCGAUCUGGAGCGCAAGUGGCAGGGGUAUGCUGAGAGCAACUCCCUCGACAAGAUUGCGAAAGAUUUCCAGGAGAAGGUGGACCCGAUACUGGCGGAGAUCCAGCUCUCGGACUACGUGAGAGGCGCGCUCCUGGGCAUUGCCCAUGUCGGCUAUAUCUUGGCCCUUGAGAGGGCUGGCAUCCGAUUCAGGGCUCUGGCGGGGACAUCCGCUGGGGCCAUGGCGGCGGUCUUGCUGGCCGGGCUACGUGAAUCCCCAGAUGCAGCGGCGGGUGAGGCCCUCCUGCUCAAGCUCCUGGACCUCCCAGUCCCCAGCCUCAAGGAUGGGGCGCCUGCAGACAAAGCGCUGGGGGAUGCCCUGAUCGGGCUCCUCACUGGCACGAAGAUCUCCUGGUCCACCUGGUUCCGCCUCCCCCUCUUUCCUUGGGCUCUGGCCAGCAUCUGGAAGAACGGCGGCAUCCAUCCAGGGAAGGCGCUGUAUGACUGGGUCCAUGGAGUGCUGGCUUCCCACAGAGCAGGCACUCUGGGGCAGCUGAGGGGCAAGUGCGACCUGAGUGGUAUCAAAUUUGAACAGGUGCCGGAUGUCGAGUCUGUGGCGGACCGUCCCUUGGAGGGCCUAGUCGUGGCCGUGGCAGCUGACGUGACAACCGCCACCAAGGCGGCCCUGAGCUGGGAGAGGCCAUUCAAUCCAACUACCCGGCCCCUGACGGUCUCGGAGCUUUACUGGACCGACCCAGACAGCGAGAGCCCUGCGACUUGCGUGCGCGCCAGCGUCUCCAUCCCCAUUUUCUUCCAGCCCUACACCGUCCCCGCCGACCCAGCACUGAAGCUGCCUGACGCGGGUGUGACAGCAAACACCCUCACCAACAACAAGUGGUCGGAGGUGGGGUUUGAUGCCACCAUCCCUGACCGGGUACAAUUCCAGGACGGCGGCCUCCUCUCGUCCUUCCCCAUCAACCUAUUCCACGUUGCCUCUGGCCAGCAGGUCCGCUGCCCGACCUUUGGGGUGGGGCUGUCAGAACCACGCCGGGCCGCGUCCAUCAGUAACCUCGGCGAGCUGCUGGCUGCCGCCACGUCCACGGCAAUAAACAUCCAGGACUACGAGUUUGUCAGCCAGAACAAGGAGUACAAACUGCUGGCCCAGCUGGUGAAUGUUGCCGGCGUGCCUGGGCUGGAUUUCAACCUGCCCAUAAUUGGAAAGUACGUCCUCUUCCACAACGGCGUUCUGGCGGCGCGGGAUUUCCUCAUGGGCGGCCCGGGACGGGUGGCUUUCAACUGGAAGCACUACAAAGAGCUCAGGGCGGCACUGUCCAAAGCCAAUCGGACUUGA